AUGUCGUCCGCCCCCGUGGUCGAGAAGACCCCUGACGAUUCUUCCAAGCUGAAGACGUUCCUGUCUAUCCUGCGCAAGUUCGUGGGUGUGACAGAUAUCGCCUCUGUUCGUUUCUCGUUGCCGGCGCAACUCCUCGAGCCCCGACCUAAUCUAGAAUACUGGAAUUACCUGGAUCGACCGGAGACCUUUGCGAGCAUUGGCAAAUCCGACGAUGAGCUAGGACGAAUGCUCGAAGUGUUGCGAUUUUGGUUUACAAAGGAUCUGAAAUACAUCAAGGGAAAACCGUGCAAGCCAUAUAACUCGACUCUGGGUGAAUUCUUCCGCUGCAGCUGGGAGGUCCCGGACUUCGUCCCGGAGGAGGCCAAUCUCCCUGGCGUCGAAGUCAGCAGCGACAGCAACAGCAACAGCAACGGCACCUCGGACAAAGAUGACAAGGAAAAAGUCAAGAUCUCCUAUCUGACCGAACAGACAUCCCACCACCCCCCCGUCUCAGCCUUCUACAUCGACUGCGCCGAACGCGGCGUCACAGCCCGCGGCUUCGACCAACUCAGCGCAAAGUUCACCGGCACAAGUAUCCGCGUCAGCCCCGGCCAGCAUAACCUGGGCAUAUUCGUCAACCUCGAGAAGAGAGAUAAUGAAGAAUACCAAUUGACCCACCCCCACGCACAUCUCGGCGGUCUACUACGCGGCGCGCUCUCAGUCACAGUGACCGAUACAUGCUACAUGACCUGUCCCAAGACACGCAUGAAGGCGAUCCUGCAGUACAUGGAAGAAGGCUGGAUAGGUCGCACGCAAAACCGACUCGAGGGAGUGAUCUUCCGCUACGACCCUGACAACGAUAACAUCACCAGGACGAAAGACGUGAAGGAAAGCGACGUUCUUGCCCGAAUCAGCGGGUCCUGGCAUGGCAAGAUCUACUACACUCCGACAGGAUCCAAGGAGCCCAUUCUCCUAAUAGAUAUCUCGCCCCUCUUCCCCGCGGAGAAGAAUGUCCCCCCUUCCGAGACACAGUUAUCCAACGAGUCACUGAAGUUCUGGUCCGAGGUCACCGAUGCCAUUGUCGGCAAGCAGUUCACCGAGGCUACCAGGCUGAAGCAGGAUAUUGAGGAGCGUCAGCGCGCGCGCGCUACUGAGCGUAAGGAACAAGAUGUCGAAUGGAAGCCGCGCUUUUUCACCGGCGCGGUGACCCCGCUGGGUAAGCCUGAAUUGACCGAGGACGGACAGAAAGUCCUCGAGGGAAUUCGGUCUGGGAAUUAUGCGCUGGACGAAAGUGAAGUGCAGGGGGCAUAG